AUUUCCACAUAGAACCCAGAACAAAAUGAGUCGACUGGUGCGAUUUGUCUGCUGCCUUCCCAUACUUUUGCUCCACUUGCAUGUCAAGGAGGUAAAUGCCAAGGGAAUAUGUCUCUAUCUCAGCGAAAAAAGAGCUUCUUGGUUUGAGGCCCUAGCUGUCUGCCAAAGUUAUCGCAUGUGCCUGGCUGACCUAAGCACCGAAGUCACCCUGAUCCAGAUGGAAGAAAAGUGGAACCCAGACGACCACGAGUAUUGGUUCGGCUUGAACUCGCACGAGAAAUUCACCUACAGAUACGUAUCCAACAACAAGUCGAUUGAGUACGCUCCACGGAAUUCUAAGCUCGCGAGCGAAGGACAGUGCGCCUUUGUGAAGCACGAACGCGGCUUUUACAAAUUUGCGUCUGCGGACUGCUUCGACCAUAAGAGGUUCAUCUGCAGCAGAACCGAAAUGUGCGACGGGGAAAACCUGAGGCAUGGAGUGUCCCACUGUUCCAUUUCCGAAGAGGAGAAACAAGUUGUAGCCCUCUAAUUCGUAGAUCGUAGUUCAAAGCACGCAAUAAAUGCUGAGGAAAUAAUA